AUGCGCCCAGUAAGCGCGCGCGCUCUUGCCUCGCUCGCCCGCUCGGCCUGCGCACCGCCUCGCCUCUCGGUCUGCUCUCCUCGAGACGGUGUGUUCGCCCGCGUCUGGAGGGCGGAAGGCGCUGGAGCGUGCCCACCCGCAACUCACGCCUUCCUUCCGCCUCCGUUAUCGUCCCUCACUUCCACCAACCCGCUCUCACCACCUCGUGUCACUUUGAUCAUCAUCAUCACCACCAUCAUCCGCAUCCACCUGUUCACUUCAGGGCCGUUCAGCAUCAAUCGACAUGUGCGGUACAACGACACCGGCCACACAUGCACACAUGCAUGCUUCAACACCCUGCCCAAAGAGUUUCACGAAACAAUGAUCGUCGUCAUCAACUUUUUUUUCUUUUCGACAACCUACUUCACAAUGCCGGAAUCGCGUGAGGACUCUGUCUACCUCGCCAAGCUCGCCGAGCAGGCUGAGCGCUACGAGGAGAUGGUCGAGAACAUGAAGCGCGUCGCUUCGUCCGACCAGGAGCUUACCGUCGAGGAGCGCAACCUUCUCUCGGUCGCUUACAAGAACGUCAUUGGCGCCCGCCGUGCCUCGUGGCGCAUCGUCUCCUCCAUCGAGCAGAAGGAGGAGUCCAAGGGCAACGAGACGCAGGUCUCCAUGAUCAAGACCUACCGCGAGAAGAUCGAGGCCGAGCUCGCCCAGAUCUGCGAGGACAUCCUCGACGUUCUCGACAAGCACCUCAUCCCCUCGGCCGCCUCGGGCGAGUCCAAGGUCUUCUACCACAAGAUGAAGGGUGACUACCACCGAUACCUCGCCGAGUUCGCCACUGGCGACAAGCGCAAGGACUCUGCCGACAAGUCGCUCGAGGCCUACAAGGCCGCCUCGGACGUUGCCGUCACCGAGCUGCCCCCCACGCACCCCAUCCGCCUGGGUCUGGCGCUCAACUUCUCGGUGUUCUACUACGAGAUCCUCAACAGCCCCGACCGCGCCUGCCACCUCGCCAAGCAGGCAUUCGACGACGCCAUCGCCGAGCUCGACACGCUCUCGGAGGAGAGCUACAAGGACUCGACGCUCAUCAUGCAGCUCCUGCGCGACAACCUCACCCUCUGGACCUCGGACAUGCAAGAUUCCGAGAAGCCCACCGAGGCCGCUGCCGCCGACGCCCCGGCUGCCGAGGCCAAGGGCGAGGAGGCUGCCUAA